CCUGGCUCCCCCGCGAAUGCUCGGAACCCUAGAAUCUCCGUUUCGAGAUUGUUUCGUCUCAACCCAGCACUGUUUCGCAGUGAUCGAUCAACCCCUUCUCAAGACUGGUUAUCCUGCCUGCCCUCUACGUUUCUACUGCUGGGGUUUUCGUGAAUUUUCAAUCCGAACCAUGGGGCGGGCCGAAGAGGUACCUAACAAGUCGGCCAGGUCGGGAGAGGGGUUGCGACAUUACUAUCUCUCGCACAUACACGACCUGCUCCUUCAAUUGCGAGUGAAGACGCACAAUCUGCACCGACUUGAGGCUCAACGCAACGAUCUCAAUUCUAAAGUGCGGAUGUUGAGGGAAGAGCUGCAACUGUUGCAAGAGCCCGGGUCGUAUGUUGGAGAGGUUGUCAAGGUUAUGGGAAAAACCAAAGUUCUCGUGAAGGUGCAUCCAGAGGGCAAGUACGUGGUAGAUCUUGACAAGAGCAUCGAUAUCAAUAAAAUUACUCCUACCACUAGAGUCGCUCUUCGGAAUGACAGUUAUGUUUUACAUUUAAUUCUUCCUAGCAAGGUGGAUCCGUUGGUGAAUCUUAUGAAAGUUGAAAAGGUUCCUGACUCCACGUACGAUAUGAUUGGAGGCCUUGAUCAGCAAAUUAAGGAGAUCAAAGAGGUCAUAGAGCUUCCCAUCAAACACCCAGAGCUUUUCGAGAGUCUGGGCAUUGCUCAACCAAAGGGGGUUUUGUUGUACGGCCCUCCUGGAACUGGAAAGACGCUUCUUGCCCGGGCUGUAGCUCAUCACACAGACUGUACGUUCAUCCGAGUUUCAGGAUCUGAGCUUGUGCAGAAGUACAUUGGUGAAGGUUCACGUAUGGUACGGGAGCUGUUUGUAAUGGCUAGGGAACAUGCACCAUCAAUCAUCUUCAUGGAUGAAAUUGAUAGUAUUGGAUCAGCUCGUGUGGAGUCUGGGAAUGGCAAUGGAGAUAGUGAAGUUCAGCGGACAAUGUUGGAGUUGUUGAAUCAGCUUGAUGGGUUUGAAGCGUCGAACAAGAUUAAGGUUUUGAUGGCAACCAAUCGAAUUGAUAUCUUGGAUCAAGCCCUUUUGCGUCCUGGACGAAUUGACCGGAAGAUCGAGUUCCCCAAUCCAACUGAAGAGUCUCGAUUGGACAUCCUUAAAAUUCAUUCAAGGAAGAUGAACUUAAUGCGAGGUAUUGAUUUGAAGAAGAUUGCUGAAAAGAUGGGAGGCGCAUCUGGAGCUGAGCUUAAGGCUGUGUGCACAGAAGCAGGCAUGUUUGCUCUACGUGAACGGCGUGUACAUGUAACACAAGAGGAUUUUGAAAUGUCUGUGGCGAAGGUGAUGAAGAAGGAUACUGAUAAGAACAUGUCCCUUAAGAAGCUAUGGAAGUGAUUCAAGUUAUGUUUUAGGUGGCCUUGGUAGCUGGUUAUGUACAUAUACAUGUGGCCAGUUUAUUGGAGCAGUCCUUAAAAUCUACCUAUCUCAACUUAUGCAGGUAGCCAUUUUAAUGAAAUGUAGAGAUUUAGUGUCCAGACUUGAGACUGAUGAAAGAAUCCACCAGUAUUUUGGUUGUGAAUUCCUUCAUUUUCAUAGCAGGAAGUUUCUCACUCUGCCUCUUCUAGCAAUUGUGGUUGGGAGAGAAACCAUUCUUUGUGGGUGGCAUCUCUGAUGUUCUUUGCCAGGUUGCCCCUACCAGUCUUUGGUUUUCCAUGCACAAUUAGUUUGAUUUAAUUUUCUUACUAGACUAUGCAGACAUUCAGUCUCGCUAGCAUAUCGAUGUGAUGUGCUUCCCGAAUGAAUGAAACGCCUCACAUUGGCAUCUUUUCGGGUUGCAAA